AUGAUCGCCCAGAAGACGCUCACCCGUUCGUCCCUGUGGAUCCUGCUCCUCGCGCACGGCGUCUUCGGCUCGACCGCCGCGUCGGAGGUUGACACUCAGGGUUGCGAGGGCGCGACCGCCAUGAUGGUCACGAGUGCCGUGGUGGACGCCAUGCUCAUGCAGCUCGACACGAGCGCCGCGCCCCGACAGGAGGCUCCCAGAGCCCCGGGCCCCCGCGCCGAGGCGGACGCGGCCCCGCGCCCUGCUCCCACCGGGCGUGGGCGGAGGGCAGCAGCAGCACCAGACGAGUGGAUUGGUCUCUGGCAGAACAGCAAUUUUUACGGCGGAGUAGAGAUUGAGAUCACUCCGACGACAUGGCGCCCUAUCAACCCAGCAGGGCCAGUCUGGUCCACGUCCACGUAUACUCUGUUGCAGGUAGACGGCACAUCGUGGAGCUUGCGUGAAACGAAAGCAGACGGUACCAGUUACGAUCACAUCAUUCAGACCGUCAGUGAAAAUGUAAUCCGGGUGAGUUACCCGAGCGGGGCUCUUAGUUGGGAUCUGAGUCGUGUGGGGACGUUGGCGCCUACGCCAGCGCCGACGCCACCACCUACACCAGCUCCGACGCCAGCCGCCGCCUGGCGCCUCCGCCAGCGCGACGGGGGACCCGCAUUUGCAGAACAUCCACGGUGA